GCACUUACUAUAGUCAACAAUCAGCUGUUGGAUCUUUUUAUUUUAUUUAUCAUCACGACUCCAGACUCGGAGUUUUAUAAAUAAAUAAAAAAUGGCUCAAAGUAGAUUAGAACGAAUUGGAACAAUUUUUACCAGAUUACAAUCAUUGAUGAAAGGUGGAGCAUUGAAACCAGAAGAAAAACCUCUUUGGUAUGUUGUUUAUGAGUCUUUUCCACCAAAAUAUGAGCCAAGAUACAAUCGAGCGGCACCAAAUAUUGAAAUUAGAGAUAUUUUUUACAAAGAAGAUAUUAUUAGAGCAAAAUUUCAAAAAGAGUACGGUAAUAAUUUGAGAUUUAAUCUUGCUAAUAAUGAUACUCAGUCACAUACCCAGAAAUUUAUAUCUAUUUACCAGAAUUUAGAAAAGAGUGGAAUUCCUGAAGAUGAAAUUUAUGAAAAAGCUAUAGAAAAUUUCAACGCAGAAAAUACAAGUUUUCAAAUUAAAAAAAAGGAACAGAGUGAGAAGCAGCCAGCAAAUGAACUUAAAAAUCCACCAGUGGAUAAAACACAAUCAAUAAAAAUAAAUAUGUCGCAAAUACUUAAAUAAUUUUUUUUUUU